AUGUCGUGCGUGGAGAGUCGAGUGCGCGAAAUGAAAGUUCGUUUUAACGCCGAGUUAUUUAAGCGUCAAUGUGACUUGAAAAAUAGUGUGUUUUUAACUGAUGAGCGAUAUUAUCAAUUAAUUAAAGAUGUUGAUAGUGCUAAAUCGAAAACAAAAAAAAAGAGCCGCGUGACUAUUGAAAGUGACGUUUUUGAUGUGUUACAUGAUGCUCACCAAUCGUUAGGACAUGGAGGACGAGACAGAAUGUUGUAUGAGCUUAAUAGUAAGUUUAAAAAUAUUACGCGCUUCGAAGUAGAUCUUUAUUUGUCAUUAUGCGAACUGUGUCAAUUAAAACACAAAAAAAUUAGAAAAGGAUUAGUAGUGAAACCCAUUAUUUCUAGUGAAUUUAAUAGUCGCUGUCAAGUUGAUUUGAUCGAUUUUCAAUCAAAUGCUGAUAAACUUUUUAAAUUUAUAAUGGUAUAUCAGGACCAUUUAACUAAAUUUGUCGUCAUAAAACCAUUAAAGACAAAAACUGCAGAAGAAGUGGCUUAUAAUUUAAUUGAUAUUUUCACUUUACUUGGAGCACCUUCUAUAUUACAAUCCGACAACGGUCGUGAAUUUUCCAAUCAAAUUGUUUGUAACUUGAAAAAUUAUUGGCCCAAUUUAAAAAUCGUUCAUGGAAAACCUCGACAUUCCCAAAGUCAGGGAAGUGUCGAACGGGCAAACCAGGACAUUCAAAAUAUGUUGAUGACAUGGAUGAGGGACAAUAAUACUUCAAAGUGGAGUGAAGGUCUAAGAUUUAUUCAACUGAUGAAAAAUCGAGCUUAUCAUAAAGGUAUAAAUAGGUCACCUUACGAAGCACUUUUUGGUUGUAAAAUGAAAGUUGGUUUAGAUACAUCAUUUCUACCACCAUAUAUUUUAAAAGAUUUAGAUGAUGAAGAGAGCCUUCUUAAGUUGGUAGAUCACAAUUCCAUUGGCCCAAAUAAUCAAGAUGACGAAAAUAAUAUUACCAAAGACGAAGAUAAUAUCACGUCGAUCGACGAAGAUAUUUGCACAGUUGAUAAUAAUAUAAAUACGGGAAAUUCUAAGGACGACGAAAAUAUUGCUACCAAUGACGAAGAUAUUAUAACUACGAUUAACGAAGAUAUUUGUACAGUUGAUAAUAGUAUAAAUAAGGGGAAUUAUUUGGUGUGCUCAGAAGAAAACGAUAAAAAUAUGGUUCAAUGUAUAACAUGUGAUAGCAAAAUCCAUGAGAGUGGCACAAUAUCUGUGGAGAAAGACUUGUUAUGUAAGCUUUGUAGCAGAACUAAAAAAACCGAAAACCAGCGAAGAGAAGCACAUUUUAAUUUGGAAUUACAGGCUAUAAACAUGAAAACUAGAUCAAAUAAAAAAUUCCCUCCGGCACUUGUUGGAAACACAGUAAGAGUACCAAUUUCAGAUGUUGAUCGAGGACGAGGAGAAGCUCAUAAUGUUUUGGCGUGUGUUUUGGAAGUUACAGAAGAUGGAUUUUAUCGUUUAGGAAAUAAAACAGGUGUUCUGAAACAACUUUAUGCCAGAUCCCAAUUUACAGUCUGUCAACAAAAUUUUGUGGCUUUAGAUGAAGUAAACCACGAAAAAGAAUUGGGUUUACGAUCUAUUGCCACUCAAGAAGCAACUGGAUCUGGACAAGGAUUUAUUAAAUGUUCAUGUGCAACAAGAUGUCAAAAUAACAGAUGUAAGUGUUUAAAAAAUAAAAUUUAUUGCAAUUCAAAAUGUCAUCCUAACCUACAGUGUUGUAAUAAAUAA